AUGUUUCAAUCAGAGUUGAGCAACAGUUACUUCUACAAUGAUGAUCUGGCAGAGCAGUAUAGUUCUUUGACCUCUAGCUGUGGUGUUUCAACACUGAAUCUUCCUUCACCUACCAAAGUUGUUGUGCAAAGCCUCUCGGCAAGCAUGCCAACCCCCACCGGAUGCAACGAUCGACAAGCAGUUAUUCAGCCGGGAGACACUUGCGAUACAUUUGCAGCCGCAAAUAACGUUAGCACCUGGCGUAUGCUCAUUGAAAAUGGGCUACAGAGUGGCUGUGUGAAUUUUCCAAGCAAUGGAACGCUCUGCGUGACAGGCCACUGUCAGACACACCUCGCAACUGCCGAAGACACUUGCAUGGGCCUGUCCUCUAAAUAUGGCAUCACCAUAACGCAGCUUAUCACAUGGAAUUCGGUUUUGAACAGCCUUUGCAGCAACUUCGAUAUUGUUGUUGGCCACCAGAUUUGCGUAAGCUAUCCUGGCAACGCGACAUCUCAGGAUAAUCCAUAUGCUUCUAGCAAGGCGGGUAGGGCGGCCACAGAGGCAGCUCCUAUACCGACAAAUGUUGUUGCUGGAACCAAUGUCAAAUGCGGGAAGUAUUAUCAAACCAAGGACUACGACUACUGCCAGGCUAUAGCCAUGGCUCAGGGAAUUAACCUGGAUGACUUCCUCUUUUUGAACCCAGAACUUGAUUCCAACUGUACCAAUCUGUAUCUGAACUACAGUUAUUGCGUCCAACCGGUCGGCGACAUCUCAACAUACCCUGGAUAUGCAAGCUUGACCAGCAGCGGAUCGAAUGGGGAUUAUACACCAUACGUGACUCAGUUUGUGGGAACUCGUGUAUCUUGGGGUGACUUGCCCGUAGCAACCAACCUCACCUCAUUCACCCCAAUUGCCACCCCUUCUACCGCACCUCUCGCAAAAAAGACACGCUUGGAUUGUGAAGAGUACAAAGACAACCUUUAUGGCUCAGUGCCUUGUGACUGGCUUGCUCUAGGUGUCAACCUUCCAGACUUUGCCACCUGGAAUCCAUCGUUGGAUGUAUAUGAUUUUUCGCCAUACGUGGAUGUCCCAUCCGACGCAGCCGUUAAUUCGACUCCGAAUUGCUACAGCUGGUAUCACAUAUCAAAAGCAACACCUUGUGAUGAGAUCCUGUCAUUUGCCAAUAUCGCCUUCGAUGCAUUCUAUGCAUGGAACCCGAGCGUGAAAAGCGACUGCUCAAAUAUCUGGCUGAACGUGUCUUAUUGUAUAGACGGUGACGGCUUCGAUGACACCUCUUACCCGGGUUCUAGCACCCAAACUACUUCUAUUCCAACUUCAGCAUCAUCAUGCACGGGUGCCUCCGCGACCGCUCCGGGUCCUACCCAAAGCGGGAUUCCAUGUGAUUGUAACAAAUACGCAAUGCACGAUGACGAUGUUUACUGUCAGGGAAUGGCAAAUGAGUAUGGUAUUACUCUCGCUGAGCUUUAUAAGCUCAAUCCCGCUCUUAAUGGCGACUGUAGUGGGCUGUGGGCCGGUUAUGCCUACUGCAUUGGAACUCCAAGCUUGAGCACAUCUGUCCCUGCCACCACGACUAAUACCGCCCCAACCGCAACUUCGAGUGGAAAUUGCGCGAAUGUCACUCCACCGGGGCCCACACAAUCGGGUAUUCCCUGCACUUGCAACAAGUAUCUGAUGCAUGAUAAAGACGGAGUCUACUGCUAUGACAUUGCGCAAGAUAGCGAUAUAAGUUUGGACGAGCUAUAUGAGUGGAAUCCUGCACUCAAUGGUGAUUGCAGUGGGUUAUGGCUCAACUAUGCAUACUGUAUUGGAGUGCAAUGA